CUUCAUUCUUUCGUUUACCCUCCCUUUCAAUUCUUAUAUUUUGCACAAGUCUAACACUGUAUUUUUGUUGAUCCUUUUGUCGAUUGUCCCGUAUUUCAUUUUGUGAAAUCUGGUCACCCUGAGUGCAAGUGAACUCUUCAUAUAUAUGGGCUUGAAAAUUAGGUUCGGCCUUACUUCCUCACAAAAAAUCAGUAGUCAUUUCUAGUCAAACCUAACUAGGAUUAAGAAGAAAAAAAUGAAGCGACCCUUCUAUAAGGAUAGCAGGUGAUCAAUCCCCCUCCCCCCCGAAAAAAAAAAAAUGUUUGCAUUGAUUAUGAUCCCUUUUUCAUUGAGACUAGUUAUGAUAAUAAAUGCAUACUUCUUUAACAAGUUAACUAUCAGCCAAUCAAAAUUAAUGAUCUCCGUUGCUUCAGAUUGUUAUUGCAAAUUUGUUGUUCUAACAGGCUUAUUAUGUAACAUUGGGAUACUGAUCAGUGACCGCUCGUGAUUUGCCGUAAGUUUGCGCCACUGAUCUCUCCCCUAUUACAUGUAUUAGGGGAGAGAUCAGUGGUUUGCGCGCACAAAUAGCUUUCCAUACUUCCCUUAUACUGUACGCUUAACAAUACAAACCAAAAAGGGAAAAAUCUAAAAUUGCAUGCUGGUGGUUACUCCACCGACUGUUGUAUUCCGAUAGGCGUGCCAAUUUCCAUUUUUUCUCAAUCCGACAAGAAACUUAUUAGUAUAAACGCAGAUCUUUGCAAUUUUUCCAAUGUAUUCAUCGGAGAUCGUUUUUGGAUAAUCUUGAUACCUUCACUUCGGCUUCCAAGUAAAGUGAUGUCACCAUGCCUCUGCCAAAGACAGAUGAAUAUUCAGAUGUCCAGGUUUACUUCACAGCCAAUGAAUGGGCAGAUAUCAGUGAUUACGAGAGGAUUUGUAUCCAGAAUGUCAAGGAAAACUAUGAGACGAUGAUAGAAGUUGGGGUACAGGUCAACCCACCAAUGUUCAUGCAACGUCAGCAGAGAUUACAGACAGAGAUAAUUGAGGAAGGUGAGGAUAAGGGGGCAGAGACAAGAGGAUCUUCCGAUGUUCAUGAUCCCAAUCCAUGUCUUAUAGAGAAGAAUGAGUUACACAAAGAGAAUUUGAAUACAUUCACUAUAAAAGUAGAGGCUGAGUAUGACGAUGAUGGCAAUCUGCUAGGUGAGGCUAAUCCCAAUGCAGAAGGGAAAAUUACUGAUCCGGAAUGGAAGAACUAUGAUCAAAUUACCCUGACACAAACCGAUCCAAUAUUAUCAGGUGAUCAGAGGACCAAGUCAGGGGAUCUUGUCUCUCCGUCAUGUGAUCAGAAGGCAGAAAUAUGUGAGGCUAAUCACAAUGCAGAAGAUAAAAUCAAUGAUCUUGAAUGGAAGAAUUAUGAUCGAAUUACAAAGACACAAACCAAUCCAAUAUCAUCAGGUGAUCAGAGGACCAAGUCAGUUGAUCUUGCCUCUCCAUCAUGUGAUGAUGAUGAUGAUCAGAAGGCAGAAAUAUGUGAGGCUAAUCACAAUGCAGAAGUGAAAAUUACUGAUCUUGAAUGGAAGAGCUAUGAUGAAUUUAUCAAGGCACAAUCCAAUCCAAUAUCAUCAGGUGAUCAGAGGACCAAGUCAGGUGAUCUUGUCUCUCCGUCAUGUGAUCAGAAGGCAGAAAUAUGUGAGGCUGAUCACAAUGGGGAAGGAAAAAUCAAUGAUCUGGGAUGGAAGAACUAUGAUGAAGUUACCCAGACACAAUCCAAUCCAAUACCAUCAUGUGAUCAGAGGACCAAGUCAGGUGAUCUCAUCAUUCUGUCAUGUGAUCAGAAAGCAGAAGAAGCUUCAGGAGACGGCAAGACUCCAACCCAAUUCCAGUCUAUAAUUGAAAAGGAUUCUGGACUCUACAGAUGCGAGUAUUGUGGAUCAGUCUAUGCUAUUCCUCUCAUCUUAUCAAGGCAUCUCAAGUACAAACAUGGGCUUAAUGGUGUUGUCUUGCCAUCGUAUGCAUCAAAGGAACGCAUUGGACAGUUUGUUGAAGGAGAAAUACAAAAAUCCAUGUGCAAAACUAAUGAUUUUACACCUGGCGAAAAGAGAAUUUUGAAAAUACGAAACAAGGAAAAUAUACUUGAAAGGAGACGUUACGUUUGUGAUCAGUGUGGUAAGGCCUUUUGUCAAUCUUAUAGUCUCACAACACAUAAACGAAUCCAUACAGGUGAAAAGCCCUAUGUAUGUGAUGAAUGUGAAAAGGCAUUUAGUAAAAAAUCUCAUCUCACAAGACACAGCCGUAUCCAUACAGGUGAGAAGCCCUAUGUAUGUAAUCUAUGUGGUAAGGCAUUUAGUCAACAAAAUGUCCUCAAAAGGCAUAAACGAGUCCAUACUGGUGAGAAGCCCUAUGAGUGUGAUCAGUGUGGUAAGGCAUUAAGUGAUAGAAGUGCAUUGAAAAGACACAAACGAAUCCAUACAGGUGAGAAGCCCUAUGUAUGUGAUCAAUGUGGUAAAGCAUUUAGUCACGAAAUUCAUCUCAGAAAUCAUACACGAAUUCAUACAGGUGAGAAACCCUAUGUAUGUGAUUCAUGUGGCAAGACGUUUAAUGAAAAAUCCCGUCUCAAAGAACACAAACGUAUCCAUACAGGUGAGAAACCCUAUGUGUGUGAUUUAUGUGGUAAGGCAUUUAGGCAGAGAAAUGGCCUCAAAAGCCAUAAACGAGUCCAUACUGGUGAGAAGCCCUAUGAGUGUGAUCAGUGUGGUAAGGCAUUAAGUGAUAGAAGUGCGUUGAGAAGACACAAACAAAUCCAUACAGGUAACAAACCCUGUGUUUGUGAUCAAUGUGGUGAGGCAUUUAGCUGUGUAUCUACACUCAUAACACACAAACGAAUUCAUACACGUGAGAAGCCCUAUGUUUGUGAUGUAUGCGGAAAGGCAUUUAAUGGAAAAUCCCAUUUCACAAGACACCAACGGAUCCAUACAGAUGAGAAGCCCUAUGUAUGUGCUGAAUGUGGUAAGGCAUUUAGUCUAGAGAUCCGUCUCAGAAAUCAUAAACGAAUUCAUACAGGUGAGAAGCCCUAUGUAUGUAAUCAGUGUGGUAAGGCAUUAAAUGAUAUAAGCGCAUUGAUAAAACACAAACGGAUCCAUACAGGUCAGAAGCCCUAUGUAUGUAAUCUAUGUGGUAAGGCAUUUCGAUAUGAAAAUGGCCUCAAAAGCCAUAAAAGAACUCAUACAGGUGAGAAACCCUUUGUGUGUGAUCAAUGCGGUAAGGCAUUAAGUGAUAGAAGUGCAUUCAGAAGACACAUGCAGAUUCAUACAGGUGAGAAGCCCUAUGUUUGUGAUCAAUGUGGUAAGGCAUUUCGACACGAGUCUAGUCUCAAAACACAUAAACGAAUCCAUACAGGUGAGAAGCCCUAUGUAUGUGAUGAAUGUGAAAAGGCAUUUAGUCAAAAAAAUCAUCUCACAAACCAUAAACGAAUCCAUACAGGUGAGAAACCCUAUGUAUGUGAUUUUUGUGGUAAGGCAUUUUGGCAAGAAAAUGUCCUCACAAAACAUAAACGAAUCCAUACAGGUGAGAAGCCCUAUGUGUGUGAUCAAUGUGGUAAAGCAUUAAGUGAUAGAAGUGCAUUGAGAAUACACAAACAAUUACAUACAGGCUUUGUGUGUGAGAAAACUUUUGUUUGUGAUCAAUGUGGCAAGACAUUUAAUCAUGUAUCUACUCUCAUUACACAUAAAAAAAUCCAUACAGGUGAAAAGCCCUAUGUAUGUGAUCAAUGUGGUAAGGCAUUUAGUCAAGGAAUUCAUCUCAGAAAUCAUAAACGAAUCCAUAUGGGUGAGAAGCCCUAAUAUGUGUGAACAAUGUGAUACGGCAUUAAGUCAAUCUUGUAGUCUCACCAUACACAAACAAACCCAUUUGCCCAAAUUCACAAAGG